AUAAGUUCGGAAGUCGCGAAAUUUUUGAACUUCUGCCGGAGUAUGUUCCCUGCUCUUGUCAAGUAUAUUCCAGAUUAAAUAUUAAAUCAGCACCAAUUUUAAGCUAAAUAAUUUAUUUUGGUAGCGAAUACCUUUUACUCUCUGAUAUUCAAGGGAUUCAUUUUUUUCGUAAAAGAUUUGAAAAUGUCUUGUGGUGACUUGAAUAACAGUUUGAGGAUCUUACAGAAAGAGUUAAAGCUUGUAAGAUAUACUGUUGAUUUGGAUUUUGACUUGAUUAAAGAGGGAUCUCCUAAUGCUUAUUUACCUAUCUACAACUAUUUAUUGAUGCAUUUUAGUAAAUAUGUGGCAAGUGAAAUAAACGAACACUCCAUAGAAGUUUUAGGCUUAAGUGAUGCACGAUUCGUUGAUGCUUUAUAUAAGAUAUUUCGGGAAUUAUAUAAGUUCAAAAUGCCUCUGACCAAAGAUCAAUUUUUCUCGAAAGGAUUUGUAGAGAAGAAGAUGAUGAUGUGUGCUCAAAUCGCAACCAAAACUCGUGAAAGGCAUCAAUCCUUGGCCCCAAAGGCUCCUAUAGUUAUUCCAAAGGCCCCAGGUGGCACCUCAGGUAUAAAAGCUAAUUUCGCGAAAAAUGCGAAAGACAAAAAUAUGAAUUCAUCAAGAUUAUCUAGUACAAUGUUUGAAAAGAGUGCAUUACCGGAAACAAAAGUCGAUGUGAAAGUCACAAAACAUUUUCCUUUUAAGGAGUUAGAUGUAAAUGGGGAUAGUGUCCGCUCUGAAACGAGUAAAUUUGACAGAAGUUUAAAGUUAAAUAAAGCUUCAAAGUUUGACAAAGGAUUAAAAAUGGAAAAAACUGCUAAUGUAGAAAGAACCAGUAUGGGAAUUCAAACAGAAAUCAUUCCAGAGAAACCAUGCAAGUGUGAGGAGUUAUGGGCAGAGUUUAAAAAUUGGCAAAAGAAGGUGGAGGAUCGCUUGAUUCUUUUGGAAAAUCAAAAACUGCUAGCUCAACCAAAGCCUAAAUAUGACGCCGCAAUGUACGAUGAUUCUAGCGAACAAGCAGACGAUAAUUUUAAAAUACCGGAAUCUAGUUCUCUUGAAGUUAGCCCACAAAAUGUGAUUAAGAAGGAUAUUGUGAUUGAAUCGAUUCAAGACGAAUCGCCAGAUUUACAAUUCCAACGUAUUAGUAAUUUUACUUCUUUUUAAACAGAGUGAAAGAAACCGAUUCAAUGUUAAAGAACGCCGUCACAGCAAUUUUUGAGUAAAUAUUUAAAAGAACGGUUAUCAUGCGAUUGAAUGUUAGCUUAGAAUAAACGUUUACACUAUCUUUUUAAAAAUCUAACAAGCCUCUCUCUUUUAAUGAUUGUAAAUAAUUAAAUAAACUGACAUGCAGCUCAAAAAA